AUCUAGGGGAGAGGACAGCGUGAAGGGAAGGAGGGUAGUGGGAGGGGUGAACAUAGUGAGGGGGAGGAGAGAGGUGCAUGGAAAGAGAGUGAGAGGGGAGAGGAGACACAUGUGAGUAGGAUUCAGACAGGAAGAGUGAGGGCAGGAAAGGAAAUAGUGUGUAUUUGAUACAUUGUGUCUGAGUAAAGCAGAUCGUACAAGCACAUUAAUAUAAUAGAUCUGCUGUGAGGCACAAAUAAAGCACCAGAAGCCCCCAAGCCUAUACUCUACUGUGAUCAAGAUCCCCAAAAUCAACAGAAUGAAGGUGGCAGCAGAAGAACCUCAGCCCAAGAAGCAGAAGCUGGAGGAGACAGAGCUGAGUGAAAAUCUUCUUUUCGGUAUGGGAAAUCCCCUCCUGGAUAUCUGCGCUGUAGUGGACAAAGACUUCCUUGAUAAGUACGGAUUGAAGGCAAACAAUCAGAUCCUUGCUGAAGAGAAACACAAAGAACUGUUCGAUGAGUUGGUGAAAAGAUUCUCAGUUGAAUAUCAUGCUGGUGGCUCCACACAAAAUUCCGUUAAAGUGGCUCAGUGGAUGAUCCAGAAGCCUUAUAAAGUAGCCACGUUUUUUGGGUGCAUUGGCAAAGACAAGUUCGGUGAAAUCUUGAAGAAGAAAGCUGAAGAAGCCCACGUGGAUGCUCGUUACUAUGAGCAAAAUGAGCAGCCAACAGGGACGUGCGCUGCCUGUAUCACAGGAGAGAACAGUCUUCUAGGGAACGUACUGGAUGACGCCGCAGCUGAUCCGUGUAAUUCUAGGUCCUUGAUUGCGAACCUUGCUGCUGCUAAUUGUUAUGACAAAACAAAACAUCUUGAUCUGAAAGAGAACUGGCAGUUAGUGGAGAAGGCAAAAGUUUACUAUAUUGCGGGUUUCUUUCUUACUGUCUCUCCGGAAUCCAUCCUGAAAGUAUCAACUCAGUCUUCGGAACAUAACAAGAUCUUUAGCCUGAAUCUGUCUGCUCCCUUUAUCAGCCAGUUCUACAAAGAGCCACUCAUGAAAGUUAUGCCCUAUGUGGAUAUCUUAUUCGGAAACGAGACGGAAGCUGCUACAUUUGCCCGUGAACAAGGUUUUGAGACAGAAGAUAUUAAAGAGAUUGCCAGAAAGGCACAAGCCUUGCCGAAAGAAAACUCAAAAAGGCCAAGAAUUGUUGUAUUUACCCAAGGACAGGACGACACCAUUAUGGCAACGGAGGAUAAAGUUGUGUCUUUCCCAGUAAUAGAAAUUGACCAGAGCAAAAUAGUAGACACCAACGGAGCUGGAGACGCAUUUGUUGGGGGCUUCCUGUCUCAGCUUGUCUCCGACAAGCCGCUGGAAGAAUGUAUCAGAGCCGGUCAUUAUUCUGCCAAUGUCGUGAUCCGACGGUCGGGCUGCACCUUUCCAGAGAAGCCUGACUUCAAAUAAUGCGCUUGAGGAAACAAAACAAAACAAAAAAUGAAAUAGGAAACAUACCAGCAGGUCCCUCCCUUCCCCACAUCUCUGCUGAUAUUCCCCAAACCACAUUAAAAGAACUGAACUCUCUGCUUCUGUCACCUACAAAAAUGUAACAUUGACUUGACUGUUGCAUUUUUGUCCAACAGUGUUAAUUGUACUUACUUAAGUUACCAGCAGGUAACGUGAACUGUACAUCCAGGCCAAACACCUUUUUAAUUACUAUUUUGUUAGCAAUGGGUUAAAUAGAAGCAGCAUUUUGUCUGUAUACAAUCUGUAAAUUUUACAAAUAUACUCAGACUUCCUGAUUUCCCCCCCCCUUUUGUCCCUUUCUCAGUCCCAUAGUCCACACUGUUACUUGCUAAAAUAUGUUUCCAUCCACACCCAGAGUAAGGGGUAUCAGUAUUACAAAAUGCAGAAUUUCACAGCAAUUUAUAUAGUUAUGCACUUGCAGGCUGUGUAUGCAGAAUGUACAUACAUUCAUAUAUAUAUAUGGUAUAGUAAUGUUGUGUACAUAUGUGAGUACAUGGGUAUAUACAAAUAUAAUCACUCAGAGCCUGGCAUAUCUGUUUAUUACCCCCAGUGUUCGAUAACUCACUGGUAACCUCCUCCAUACUUCAGAACAAAGAACCAGCUAGAAUACCCAAACUGCUGCCAUACUAGUUGUUGAAAUGACUUAAUAGAAUGUAACUUUUAUUUGCAAAAAUGUAAAUAAAUCUACAAACCAAUGGCAACCAAAAUGAUCAGAAACUAUAUUUGAUCAUUUUAAUGGUUAAUUUUUAAAGGGACAGCUUUUGCUUUGUAUAUUAAAAUUGUGCUUGCUCUAUUUUCCCAAGACAAACAAACUUCUGGAACCUUUGUUUUCUUCAAAAUGCUACAAAUCAGGUUUAGACAGUGUGUAACAUUUUCAAGAAAACUUAGUUUCUAGAAUUUGCUUUUUGGAUACUGUAAGGAACAUGAUUUGUAUGCAAAAGCAAGAAGCGUUUAAUAUCCCCUUUUAAAGGGACUAAACAUUGGUAACAGUAUGUUUGCGCAUUGCAUCAUACGCAUGUCUCUAGCCAACUUGAAAAAGAUUUAUUUGAUUUUAACCCCAGUGGCCACUUACAAAGUGAAUGCUCCAGGCACCAAUACCCUCUACCAGUUUUGUUUUAUUAGUUGACAAGUCGGUUAGUACAGCCAAUAAGAAGCCGUACAGCCAUCCCAUAAGAAAACAGCAGCGCAUGCUUAGGAUCCUUGUGUCAUUGUUCCGUUACCCUUAGAGAGCAGGCAGUUCGACUUCUGAUUGCCUGUACCACCUGCUGUGUUAGCUAAGGAAUAACUGGCAGAGGUUUUGAGCUGCUGGAGCGCUAAGACUGUAAGAGGUCAAUGGAGAUUUUAAAGAAGAGAGUUUUGUGAAGUUGAACAGAGAUACAAUGUGUGCAUAUUCAAUGUUAUAAACGUCCCUUUAAGUUAGUCAAGUAAGCACCUAGUACAGUAUGACAGUGUAAUUCAGCUAGUUCUUUACCAAAUUUGUUAAAGUUUCAUAGCACACAGUACUAGUGUAUCAAUAAUACUAAAUGACUAUAGAUUGAGAGUUGUAGUAUUAGGAAUUAACUUGAUUCCUGUGUCCCACCUUGCACAUGCGUCAGUUCUGUUGCUGUAAACCUAUAAAAGGUAGCUGUGUUUGCAGUAUUCCCUUAUACUCCUCAGCAACAGUGUGAACAGAAAAACUUUAUUUAAUGUGAGACCUUUGAUAGGCAAAGUGUGUAACCCUUUUUGUGAGCACACAGUGAGCGCCAGGCAGCGGAAGCCAGUAAUAAUAUUUGUAAUAAUAUUUGUCAUCUCCCGGUCUAGACAAAUUCUCCCUUUUUUUCCAGUGCAUUGAAGCCUCAAAGUAACCUAUUCUAUUUGAGGAUCUAUUAACUAAUGUUGCACAUUGUCAGGUACAGAAUUAUUCUUGCAGAUGGGUUUUGGUUUGAUAUAACAUGGUAUGAAAAAAAUGCAACUGUGACCUCUUCAUAGCCUGUGGGGCCUACAACGCAUUGCACUGCAUUAUAGGUCUCUCGGGCAGCAAAGGGGUUUAAACGCACAAUAUAAAAUAAUUGUAAUAAACCACAUUGUUUCUGUUUUUAUUAGUGUUCUACAUUAGCAACAUCUAUGUUAAAGGUUCAUUUAAUGUGUAAUUUGAUACCGCCAAAUCCAAAUAAAUAAUGGACUUGUA